AUGUCGAAAAUCCGGGUACUCCUAGUUCUGUUCUUAGCUCUGCAAGCAGGUUUCGAAGUUUUCGGAGAGGGAAUUCAAGGUAAAGUUGGUGUUUGUUACGGACUCAAUGGGAAGAACUUACCGUCUCCAAACGAAGUUGUUAAUCUUUACAAACAAAAUAACUUUACGAAGAUGAGGAUAUUUGAGCCAAACCCGAGAGUGCUCGAGGCUCUACGAGGGAGUAAAAUAGAACUUACUUUAGGUGUUAGAAAUAACGAUAUACCAAUUCUCGCAGCUGGUGAAGAUGCAGCUAAUUCAUGGUUCAUGACCAAUGUUCAGCCUUAUGUUGAUGAUAUUAACAUAACAUACAUCACUGUCGGCAAUGAAGUUAUUCCUGGACAAUUCAGUGAAUCUAUAUUGCCAGCCAUGCAGAAUCUGCAGAAAGCUUUCAGGAGUAAAAAUCUUGGUACAAGGACAACCACAGUGGUUCAUUCAGCAGUGUUAGGAACUUCCUACCCUCCUUCAGCAGGGACGUUUUCGGACAGUGCCCGGCCCUUUAUGAGUGAAAUUAUUGGAUUCCUAUCAUCAGAAAAAUCCCCACUGUUGGUAAAUCUCUACCCUUAUUUUCCCUAUGCGGCCGAGCCUCAACAAAUACCAUUAAACUAUGCACAAUUUGGUAGACCAGUGCACCUAAUCACAGACGGGCAUCUGAUAUACUCCAACCUUCUUGAUGCCAUGCUCGACGGCUUUUUCUCCGCCAUGGAAAAAGAAGGUGUUGGAAAUGUUAACAUAAUAAUAUCCGAGACUGGCUGGCCUCAUGAUGGGAAUGGUAAUUUCACAACUCCAGAUCUUGCAGCUGCUUACAACCAGAAUUUCAUACACCAUGUCAAUACAUUUCGAGGGACUCCAAAAAAGCAGGAUGCACCGCUAGAAGGAUUCCUUUUUGCCAUGUUUGAUGAAGAUAUGAAGGAUCCCGGUGUUGAGCAACACUGGGGACUUUUCCAACCCAAUAAACAACCAAAUUAUCAUUUAUCUAUCUGA